AUGGCUCGACAUCCGCUCCAGCAAUUCUCAUCUCCAUCCCGUAGACUGUCUCUCCUCUUUCACUUACUCGGUACUGCUGACUUCGCCUAUUGCUUCUACUGUCUGACACGCUGGAAAUAUCCACGAACAAAUGGCUUUGGAUGGCACUUCCAGUACAUCACCAACAUUGGUUUGGGCUUGUCCACAGUCUCCUUUGCCUUAGGAGCUCUGGCCGACAUUACUUCAAGCUCGGCCAUAUUCAAUAUUAAGAACGCAAUAUCUGUCCUGGGUGCGCCUCUCGAAAUUACUGUUACCGUUUUAUACUGGGAAAUCGUUGCGAUGCGGCGCAAUCUCAUAGUCCAGGCUGGUUUCAAGCUUCCCUUACUUCUUAACUUGGGCUUCCAUCUUGCGCCGGCAAUCUUUCAAAGCUUGGAUUACAUUUUGUUUAGCCCGCCCUGGACAUUAUCCACCUCUGGGCUUGCGGCUCUCAGUGCUGCCUUCGCCUUCGGGUAUAAAUGCUGGGUUGAUUAUUGCCACAGCAGAAAUGGAUGGUAUCCAUACCCUCUGCUUGAAGUCCUCAACACUCCCCAGCAAUUGCUUCUUCACUCUUUUACCGGAGUGCUCGUUUUCGCUUCAUCUCGCAUUCUCAAUUGGGCUUAUACAAAAGCCAAUGGAUCCGCGCCUAUUGGAAAAGAGCAGACAGCCGAGUUUGUGAAGAAACAAGAGUAG